UUAUUAUUAUUAUUAUUGCUAUAAUUGUUAUAGAUGCGCAUGUCAAAGAUGUUUUUAAUGAAAACAAACUAUAUCUGAUUAUACACAUCGCAAAGAAAUAAUGCCGGCCUGUCGAAAAACUUAGAAAAUGAUUGCAAAAUGCAACCGGUAACUGCUGCGCUUGCACAUCACUCGUACUUUACCUCAGACACGAGCAAAACAAAAAAUAGACAUGUGUGGGACGAUCUCAUUUUACGGAUGCGCAGUGAUUGAGGAUACAUAUUUCUGAGCGGCUACAGAAUUGUUUACAACACCUGUUAGUCCAUUUGUAAUUGAAACUUGCAUUGCACCUGGGGUGCGCGAAUGUCUUAAUUCUUAGUGGUUUACUGGACUCUGAAAUGACGGGUUCUGUUGUCUAAACAUAGCUGCGCACGUUCGGGGCGGUAUGUCGGUAUGUUCUGUAACUCCCUCUGGGGAAAAAAAAAAACAAAAAAACUUACAGUAUUGUAGUACUGACACGACUUGAACGCUUUAUCAUGUGCGGUGUCAACUAUCAUUCCAGUUAUGCUUAUCUUCCGGGUUGUUUUUGUCACGUGAUGCCUACACCACUGCCGGGGGCGGGCCGGAAACUCCCUGUUUGGGAACAGCGUCUCAAACGGCCUUACUGUAGCUGUGUAUGUCCUCUUAACGGUUACCAAUAGUAAUAUGAAGAAGAAGAAAAUACACAUAAUGUAUCAGACGUACCUGCAUAUCUAAUUUUCAUUUAAUUACGCUUGCAACUCAAACAUAACCAUUUUUGUUUUCUCUGCUAUGGAACUCAAUUCAACCAUUUCGGUCGGUACUGAUAUUUUUGACGCCGUCCAGAGAGGAAGUUUAGAGCGUUGCGUGACUUUAAUUCAGCAAGACCAGUCACUCCUAGCGCGUAAAGGCUGGAGUGGAUUUACACCCCUUCAUUACGCUGCAUUCCAGGGGAACAGGGGGCUGGUAGAACUGCUUCUGCAGCAUGGAGCUGACCCUAAUCUGCCUAAUGAUGCAGGCCAAACACCAUUUCACUUUGCUUGCAGACAUGGUGAUGUUCAUGUUAUCCACCGAAUGCUCAAGUAUGAAGCAGAUGUGAACCUAACUGACCAUCAGUGGAAGACAGCACUUCAUCAUGCAGUGAUAGGUGGAAAUCUAUUUGCCAUAAGAUACCUUGAGGAAUUGGGGACUUUCAAUUUUUGUGAUACAGACAAGUGUUUGCUCACACCCCUGCAUCUUGCCGCUUCAACUGGAAACACUUAUGUUGUGAAAUAUUUAUUGAGAAACAGUAGGUGUCAAGCCUAUGCUACUGAUAAUCAAAGAAUGACCCCCAUGCACAUAGCUGCUGAAAAAGGUGCAAUAGAAAUAAGUUGGCUGCUUUUGCAAGCUGUUGGAUUCCGUAAUCUGCAUUUAAAAGCGAAGAAUGGACUUACUCCACUUGACAUUGCCAAUAAAGGAAGAACAUACAGACACCAAGAACUUGCAAAGGUUUUAAAUAAAUAUAGCAAAGAGCCACAUGAUCGGAAACCCAGAGAGUCUUAUGGCAUGUACUAUUGGACUCUGUUAUUCCCUGGUGUCAGUGCCUCAGUUGUGUUCCUUAUUUCAUCUGCUUUGGGCAAGUAUGGUGGAAUCUUUUGUGCACUGGUUUUCCCUUGGUUGGCAAAAACAACAUUCUCUCAGUACCAUAGGAUGAGUGACAUUCAGAGGUUGCCAAAUCCAGCAUACUUGGGUACAUUUGCUGCUGGAAUAUUUCACUCAUUGGUUUGCUUCUUUUACAAGAUCCUACCAACUCUUUGGCCCGCUAAUACACUGUUGCUUGUAUCAGCCACUCACUUCAGCGGCAUCCUGUGGAUGUUUAAGGUAGUUCUAACAAAGGAUCCAGGGCGGCUUCAAAGCGAUGAAUCAGAAACAAAGUUUUCAAAUAUUGCUGACCUUGUGGAUGCAAAUGAAAAUCUCAGCAAGUUUUGUGUUUAUUGUGAGGUAUUUCAACCAGAACGAGCCAAGCACUGUAAACUCUGCAACUGUUGUGUACUUGAGUAUGACCAUCAUUGCAUUUUUCUAAAGAACUGCAUAGGCAAGAAUAAUCAUCAAUUCUUCAUCCUUUUUAUUAUGGGGGUUGCCGUUGCUCAUCUGAUUUUUACAUUUUCAGCACUUUACUAUAUUUACUUGAAAUUUGACCCACAUUUUUGGGCUCUAUUGACUACAGUCAUUAGCAAUGAGGCUUGGGUUAUAGUACUAGCAGUGAUGAACAUUUUAUCGUUAGUUUGGGAAGGAUGGCUGUUAAUGGAGCAAUUUGAAGUUGUCUCAGUAGGUACCACUAUCUACUUUAAACAUGAAACUGAUGCCAAGCGAUACACCUGGAGGCACAGGUGCAGAACAUUUUUCACUUUCCUAAUGGGAGGCAGAAGGACAAGCAAAUUCCAGGAAAAGGUUUCUGCUAUUCUAUGAAAUAUAUCUCUGUAUUGCAGACAAUUAAAUAUUUUAAAGCAUUUUAUGUAUCUAUGAAAUAAAAAUGCAUAGACAUGAUGGCAUUACAGUGGGGGGCAGGGGGGGGGGGAGUUUAAAUUGAUUGAGAUUAUCAUACACAAAUGUGGUACAUGUUUUGGAGAUUGCUGAUAUUUCUGAAUUUAUAUUUAUAUGCAAUUUGUGUAUUUUUACAAAAAAAAAAAAUACAAUACAUCCAGUUUGACUGUUCUGUCUAUUUGAUUACAUUUUGAAGGUUUUUUUGAGAUAUUUUUUUGAAAUAUAUUAGUCAUGGCAUGA